ACCGAGGGAGUGAGUUUUAUCGAUCAGUUCGUGGUUGGUCUCUCUGGUGCCCUUUGUCGAUGCUGUUCUCGAAUUCCAGUAGCUAUGCUGUGAGUUCGACACCAUCUGCGGCCAAUCGAAUCGUGAUCCGAGGCCAUAGAGAGCGUCCUCUUCUUAACAAAUCUUAUAAUAAUUGUAUAGUAGUACGUACUAGUCUCUGCUUAUUUUCUGUUCAUGUCCGAUCCCCAAAUAUCUCCAAAUCGGACCGCAACUUCUUCUCUAAUCUAAUCUAAUCUAAUCACCGAUGGCACACACGCCAAACAGGCAGGUAGUAGUAGUAUAUUGGCAGGACGACCAGAUCCAAUUGAAAGCGCGGCAGGCCCUGUCAUCUGUCCUCCCGUCGUCAGAUCAGCCCCGCACUCCACAAAUCACACUCCCGGGAACAGUGGCGCCCAGUACAGCACAGUAGUACAUGGCCGGGAGCAUCGCAGAAAGAUAUUUAUACUCCCACCAGUAAGCUUGUGCGCCACGCCGUACGUGAAUCAAGCCAAAAUGGUCCCUUGACGCCUCCCAUGAUCUUGAUCCAUCUCGACGACAGGGACCAGAGGGGCGGGCACACCCGAUUCGUGUCGAAUUGGACGGCCCUGUCACGCGACGGGGCCAGCGGCGUGCCGUCCGGCGAUUCCACCGCCUGCUGCGCGGCGCUCGUGGAGCGCCGAGUGGACACGAGAGAUGCGUUUCGUGUCGCCAAUGGCUCGCUCUGACUUUGGACCGCGCUGAGCACGGUUUUGCUGCUCGGUGUUAGCACGGGGCGUGUCGGAGAUGGAGUCUUUCCUGAAGAAGUUCUUCCCGGGCUUACUCAAGACGACGAGGCACGCGAGCAAGGACGUCUACUGCAUGUACAACGACCAGGCGCUCACGGCCUUCACCUCCUCGCUCUACGCGUUCGGCAUGGUGGGCACGCUGGUGGCGAGCCGGGUCACCCGGCGAGUCGGGCGCAAGGCCAUCAUGGUCGUCGGGGGCAGCAUGUUCCUCGUCGGCUCGCUCGUCAACGCCGCAGCGGCCAACCUCGCCAUGCUCAUCGUGGGGCGGAUGCUGCUCGGCCUGGGCCUCGGGUUCUCCGGCCAGGCCACGCCGGUCUACCUCGCCGAGAUGUCGCCUCCGCGGUGGCGCGGCGGGUUCAUCUCCGCGUUCCCUCUGUUCAUCAGCGUCGGGUACCUCGUCGCCAACCUGAUCAACUACGGCACGUCGCGGAUCCCCGAAUGGGGCUGGCGCCUGUCCCUCGGCCUCGCGGCCGUCCCCGCUGCCAUCAUGGUGCUGGGCGCCCUGCUCAUCACGGACACCCCGAGCAGCCUCGUCCUGCGCGGGAUGCACGACCAUGCGCGCGCCGCGCUCCAGCGCGUCCGCGGCAAGGGCGUGGACAUCGACGCGGAGUUCAGCGACAUACUGGCCGCCGUGGAGCACGACCGGCGGAACGCGGAGGGCGCGUUCCGGCGGAUCCUGCGGCGGGAGUACCGACCGUACCUGGUGAUGGCCGUCGCGUUCCCCGUGUUCCUGAACCUCACCGGCGUGACCGUGUCGGCCUUCUUCUCGCCGAUACUGUUCCGGACCAUAGGGUUUGGGAGCGACGCUGCGCUGAUGGGCGCCAUCAUCCUCGGCCUGAUGAACAUCGGCGGCAUCAUCGCCUCGGGCGUCGCCAUGGACCGCUACGGCCGGAAGCUGCUCUUCGUGAUCGGCGGCGCGCUCAUGUUCACCUGCCAGGUGGCAAUGGCGAGCAUCGCGGGGACGCACCUCGGGCACGGCAGCAAGAUGCCCAAGGGCUACGCGGUGGCCGUGCUGGUGCUGACGUGCGUGUUCUCCGCCAGUUUCAGCUGGUCGUGGGGCGCGCUGUACUGGACCAUCCCCGGCGAGAUAUACCCGGUGGAGGUGAGGUCGGCGGGGCAGGGCACGGCGGUGGCGCUGAACCUGGGCCUCAACUUCGUGCAGGCGCAGUGCUUCCUGGCGAUGCUGUGCAGCCUCAAGUAUGGCGUCUUCCUCUUCUACGCGUGCUGGCUCGUCGUCAUGACCGCCUUCGCCAUGGCGUUAGUGCCGGAGACCAAGGGCGUGCCGCUCGACUCCAUGGGCCACGUCUUCGCGCGCCACUGGUACUGGGGCAGGUUCGUCAAGGCUUGACCUGACCUGCGUGCGGCCUUGGCAAUCAGGGGCUUGCCAGAGCAUUGUGUGAUGGAUAUAAUACCAGUAUUAGCGCUAGAUUAAUGGUACUCGUAUAUAUAUUCCGGUAAAACUCGAAAGUCGUAAUAUAGAAAUUAUCAUUUCCAUGUGUCGCUGCCGAGCAAUAUGCAACUAGCGUCAUGGAGCCAUGUAUUAGAAUCAUCACCAAGUGUUUGACGGUAAUGCGUGUUGCUUAAAUAUAUGAUUAAAUUUAAAUUUUAAAA